AUGGCAAAGUGUAACCCCACAAAACGCUCUCUCUUCUUCCUCCCACUCCUCAUUUCCCUCCUCUCCGCCGCCGCCGCCGUCCGCCGUCACCCUCUGGACCCACUCUCACCGAACGAAUUGGAUCUCAUCCGGUCACUCAUCGCCGACUCCCUCCCCAACCCCUCCACCACCAACGUCACCUUCCAAUACGUUGCCCUCGCCGAUCCCAACAAGCAAUCUGUACUCUCAUGGCACUCAAACCCCAAAACCCCGCCGCCACCCCGACGCGCCACCGCCACCGUCCGUUACAACAGUACCACACACGAGAUCCUCAUAGACCUGGGCAAAAAAGCUAUAAUCUCGAACCGGGUCUACUCCGGUCCAGCCUACGCGCCGUUUACAAUCGAGGAGCAGUUCGCCGCCGCCGCUCUUCCGCCGUCCCACCCACCGUUCGUGGCGGCGAUGAAAAAAAGAGGGCUGAAAAUGGAAGAGGUGGUUUGCGCGUGUUUUAGCGUUGGAUGGUUCGGGGAAAAGAGGAAGCAAAAGAGGACGGUGAAGGUUCAGUGUUACUAUUUGGAUGGGAGUGUGAAUUUGUACAUGAGGCCGGUGGAAGGCGUGACGGUAACCGUCGAUCUCGAUCAGAUGAAGAUUAUUGGGUUUCGAGAUAGAUAUGAGGCUCCAAUUCCGAAGGCCGAUGGAACCGAUUACAGAGAAUCGAUGCUCAAGCCGCCAUUUUUGCCUCCUUUGAACGGAAUAAAGAUGGUGCAGCCGGGAGGCCCCAGCUUUAGAGUCAACGGCCACUCCAUUAGUUGGUCAAACUGGAAAUUACACGUGGGCUUCGACGAGAGAGCUGGACCAAUCAUAUCGCUAGCAUCAAUCUACGACAUGGAAAAGCAAAAGCACCGACAAGUACUGUACAAAGGUUUCAUAUCGGAGCUGUUCGUACCCUACAUGGAUUUAACCGAAGAAUGGUACUACCGAACGUUUUUCGACUCCGGCGAGUACGGCUUCGGGCAGUGCGCAGUGGCGUUAGAGCCACUCAGAGACUGCCCGGAAAACGCAGUGUUUAUGGACACGCACAUGGCGGCCGGAGAUGGGAGGCCGGUAAAGAUGCCCAACACGUUCUGUAUCUUUGAACGCCACGCCGGUGAUAUCAUGUGGCGCCACACGGAGGGCACCAUUCCCAAUAGAGUUGUCAGAGAGACGAGGCCGGAAGUUAGCUUGGUGGUGAGGAUGGUGGCGGCUGUCGGCAACUAUGAUUAUAUUGUCGAUUGGGAAUUUAAGCAGAGUGGCUCCAUUAUUGCAAACGUCGGGUUAACGGGUUUGCUGGAAGUAAGGGCAUCAAAAUACACUCACAGUGACCAAAUAAAGGAGGAAGUCUACGGCGCGUUGAUAUCGGAGAAUACGAUCGGCGUCCGCCAUGACCACUUCCUCAUCUACCAUCUCGAUCUCGACAUCGUUGGCGGCCCCAACUCCUUCGUCAAAUCCAACCUCCGCACAGUCCGACCACCGACCCCCGAUUCCCCUAGGAAGAGCUAUUGGACGGUCGUCUCCGAGACGGCCAGAACAGAGGCCGAUGCGAGGAUCAAAUUCGGCAGUCAAGCGGCGGAGUUGGCGGUCGUUAAUCCCAAUCGGAAGUCCAGAUUGGGGAAUCCCGUCGGGUACCGUCUGAUUCCGAACUCGGCGGUGGGUCCCCUUAUGAGUGCUGACGAUUACCCCCAAAUUAGGGCAGCGUUCACGAAUUACAAUGUGUGGGUUACACCGUAUAAUAGCUCUGAGAAAUGGGCCUCUGGGCUCUACACAGAUCAGAGCCGUGGAGAUGAUACCUUGGCUACUUGGAGUCUAAGGAACAGGGAGAUAGAGGAGAAGGACAUAGUGAUGUGGUACACCAUGGGGUUUCAUCAUGUGCCUUGUCAAGAAGAUUUCCCAUUAAUGCCUACGCUGAGCCGUGGGUUUGAGUUGAGGCCGACCAAUUUUUUCGAGAGCAAUCCUGUUCUCAAAGCCACCCCUCCCUACCCACUCAACCGCUCCAUUUGCCCUCUCUGAUGAAUCCAUGAUUGGAUUAUGAAAGUUUCACAUCGACUAAUUUAGAAAAUGAUCAUGAAUUUAUUAUCAAUUAA